AUGCCUGUGUCCUCAGCCGCCAAACUCGCCUCUCACCUAUGGAGAGGCGCUGCCCAGUCGGCGGCCAACGCCGCCCAUAACUCGGCCAACUCGUUCCGUGGCGCCUUCCAAGGUGCUUCUUCCGGCCCAGCUUCGUCUACCGGCUCAUCUGCUUCAGGAUGGGCUUCCGGUCUCAGUAGCGGUGGCUCUUCCGCCGGCGCCGGCGCUGGAGGUGCCAAGUUCCACGCCGGCCGAGGCGCUCACUUCUCGUAUCAGCACACCGGUCGUGCUCUUUCUCAGGCAUCCUCCACGUCCAAUCCCGACUCGAACAACAAGAGCAACGACGAUGACGAUGAGGCUCGCAGGCAAAAAGCCUACAAGCUUCGUCUCGAUGGCCAGCACCCUCACGACCGCUCCACGCUCGCCUCGUCUGGUCACCUCACCAAAUCGCAGAUGCAGGUGCGCUUCCGCCAUGCCUUCGCCGCGAAACAGGGUCCGCUGCUCGUCACAUCUGCCGAGCAUGCUGCUUCGAUUAACCACCCCGAAGGUGCCGGCAGCGAACGAUAUGCUUCCACCGUGGCUAGCCUCACCGACACCACGGACAACAACGGAAUGUACCGAUCCACCACACACGCGCAUGACCGUGUCUACAAGGACCUCCAAGACGCCGCCAGGAGGAAGGAUGCUGGCGGGGUCAAUCUCAGCAUCGAUGCUUUCUACGCUCUCCCCAAGGACCAAAAGACCACUGCAGGGUUCAACAUGGCUAUGGAGUCGCUCCUCUCCAUCCGCAAAGGUGGCGACAACCUCAAGCGCAUCACCGACGUGUACAGCGACAUGAUCCAAGCCGGCCACUCCCCCAACAGCCGCACUUAUACCGUCCUUGUCAAGGCACUCUGUGCACGUGACGCCGAAACCUCUGCAACACCGUCCUCGACCUCGGAUUUACCCGACACGGCUGCUUCUUCGGAAGAUCACUUUGUGCAAGCGCUCGAGCUCACGAGUGUAGCACAUAAGUCUCGGAUGUGGUUCGACGACGCCGCAGCCUACAAUGCCGUCCUCUCCAGCUGCGCUCUUCGUGGCGACGUCGACCGCGCCUUGAGCAUGCUCGACCUGCUCGAGCGAAGCGACUUCGCCGACACCGACGCUCUCACCUUCACGCACCUCAUCCAGACUUUUGUUUCGGAUCCUCAGCUCAAGCCGGAUGAGACACAACAGAUGCAGCAAGCCCGCAAGCUCGCCGCAUGCAAGCAGGUGUUCGACGAAUUCUUGCUCGCCAGCCAGAAGCCACGAUGGGAUCACGAAGACGACGUCCUCGUCUGGUCCUCGCUCAUCGAGGCUCACUUUGCGCUCGGCGAUGUCGCUGGCGCCGUCAAGCUGUUUGAGAGGAUACUUGAAGGUGGUGACAGCGUGCCGCCACUCCACCAUGUGCUCCCUUCCGUCAUGAUUCAAGGCUUCCUCAAUGCGCGAGACACUGCCGCCGCCCUGCACUGGUUCAACCAGAUCAGCUCAGCUGCAAACGGUGCUGAUGCAUCGCUGCCAUCCUCGCUACCUUUGCCGGAUCGCCGGACACUGAGGUACCUCAUCAGGAGCGUCGCUCUGUCCGGCCAAGAUGAGUACCUCGAGCCGCUCCAGCGCGCUUUCCACGUCUACCUCCAACGAAGUGCCGAGGCUCAGGAGUACGCAAAGAUCAAUCCUUACAUCGAUGUCGUUUCCGCCAAUGUCGCCAGUGCCCAGCGCCUUCUCCAGGCCGGCUCCGCACAGGAGGCCAGUGCUCCACUUGACCGUGCCCUCGACGCUUCUGCUAGGUUCUUCGCACAAGAAGCCGCGUCGCUCAGCAAGUUGGACCCUUACAGCCAAGUGGGCAAGACCCGCAACGCCGCUGCUGCUGUACUCUCACUCGCUGAUGCCCUCCUCGCUGCUGAUCGCGUCGUCGAUGCCGGCUCUGCAUUGACCUACGUACGCCUCUUCCUGCAGACGAUGGACGUGACAACCAAUCCUUUCCAAGAGUUGGGAGCCCAGCUUUCGCAGCUCAGUUCUCGAUUCAUGGCCGUUGACGGUGCCGCAGGCGACGCUGAACAUGCUUCGGUGCGGCUGCUCGCCAGCGCCGAGUACGUCGCGCCUGUGCUUCGCGAUGCCAACCUCCUCGAUGAGCAGGUUGCUGCUUCCCUUGCCAAGCUGUACCGAAACGUGCGCACGCAGUCGCCGGAUGUCCUAAUCAGCCUGCCGCUCUCUGCUGAUGGCUGGAAUGUGAUCCUGGAAGCAUUUUGCUUCGAGGAGCUCCACAUCCGCCCGCUCAGUCUCGAGGCUUUCGGAACCGACGGCGUUCCUGUCGUGCUCAACGAUCUUGCUAGGCUGUCCGCUACCCAGGCUUCCAGCGAUGAAGGGGCCUUGACACGGCCACCCGUCGACACAGCGAAGGCAGUCGAGGUCACACUCACCCGUUACGGACAAGAAGCACUCUCACUGCUGCCCGCUUGGGCGACACCCGCAAAGGAAGAUUCGAACGACACGACGACCACCAUCACCGCCAACGAAGAGACGAGCAGCGAUGCAGGCUCAGCUUCUCGAUUCAGUGCAUCAACUCCCGCUACCACGCCGCCGCAACAGCACUCGCCUCUCCAUCGCCAAGACCUGCCCGCCGCACCGACAUUCUCCGCCUCUCCCUUCUCCUUCCCGCCUGUCCAGGUGAUCGACACUGACUUCGGAGGCUUGUUGACCUCGCUCGCUCGUCCGUCCGGCCCAGACGAGGCUCCGGGUGUCUACGAGCAGGUUUUGGAACAGAUGAAAGUCGGCAACUUCGCUCACCCAGAAGGUCUGGCAACCUUGAUCGGCGCUUUCGGCCGCCUCAACAAUGUGGACCGUAUGGAGGAGCUCUACGCCAUGGCACAGCAUGUCUUGCAUGCUUUGGUCGGCGAUCCGGCUUGGCAAGCCAAGGCCUGGUUCGUUGUCGAAGACAGCAUGAUGCAGGCUUUCAGCCACGCCGGCCGGACCGAGGAGGCGACCCAGCACCGACAUCGCAUCAUCGCCGCAGGUGGCGCUCCUACCGCGACUUCGUAUGCCGCCCUCAUCGCUACGAUCCGUGACACGACUGACGAUGCCUCGAUUGCGCAGGAGCUCUUCGACGAAUCGCAGCGUUUCGGUGUGCGCCCGAAUGCCUACCUCUUCAACACGGUCAUCUCCAAGCUUUCGCGCGCCCGCAAGGCCGAUCGUGCUCUGCAACUGUUCGACGAAAUGACGCUCAACUUCCGCAUCAAGCCUACCAGCGUCACCUACGGCGCCGUCAUCAACGCUUGCACGCGCAUCGGCGACGAGCAGCGCGCUGUGCGCAUGUUUGAGCAGAUGGAGAACGACCCCAGCUUCAAGCCUCGUGUGCCGCCGUACAACACCAUGAUGCAGUACUACAUCCAGAGCGUCCCGGAUCGUCAAAAGGCGCUGGUCUACUACCACAAGAUGCUUGAAGCUCAGGUCGACCCGAGCGCGCACACGUACAAGCUGCUCCUAGACCUAUAUGGAGCUAUCGAGCCGGUCCUGUCACGAGAGAUGGAACACGUUUUCAACGAGCUCGCCAACCGGCGUUCGGUGCCGGUGCAAGGAACGCACUGGGCCUCACUGAUCAACUGCUACGGAUGCAUGCUCAACGAUCUCGACCGCGCCAUCUUGACUUUUGACUCGAUCGCUUCACACCCAUCCUCUCAAGGGCGUAGGAACGCAGCGAGCUUGCCGGAUGCCGUCGCAUUCGAAGCGCUGCUUGCUGUGUUUGUCGCGCACGGCAGGACCGAUCUCAUCCGAGCCCACUUCCAGAGGAUGCAGGAUGCAGGUGUCAAGAUGACGGCGUACGUCGCUAAUCUGCUCAUUCGCGGUUACUCGAUGGAACAAGGACACGCUGGACUCGACGAAGCUCGUGCUCUGUUUGAGAGCAUGAGCGAGCCUGCUGCUGGUGUGGCCGCGGUAGGCAAUCACCCACCGCGAGCCCACGGUGCUGGUGCUCCUGCUCAAGACGACGCAUCUGCAUCGCCGGCUCCCUUCUCUGGCACUGGCGCGCCCUACCACGCUGGCUUCGCAUUCGAAGGGAUUCAGCGCGAACCCUCGACGUACGAAGCCAUGAUCCGAGCCGAGCUCAGCCAUGGUCACUCUGGCCGUGCUGCUGCUCUUGUCGAUCGUAUGGAAGCGCGCGCCUUCCCGCCGGCGCUCAUUGUGCGUGCGCGUGCGCUUGUUUCUGAUGCAACCGUAUCGAGUAUCGCCGCCACAAGCUUUGCCGAAGCUGGAGCGGGCUUGGACGCUACCGUACCUGAAGUAGUCUCGGCAGCCAGUCGCUUUACCUAUGGACAGACAUCUCCACGAUUGAGACACACAGGUCUGUACAGCGCUCCCUUCACUGAGGCCAUUACCCCCCAGACUGGUGCGGGUGCCAUGUCGGUGCGUCAUGCCUCCACGAUGGCUGGCAGUGGUGCAGCUGCUCCCGCCCCCGGCCCGCCCAAGCCCAACAGCCCCUUCACCAUCUUUGACCGAGCGGUCAAGACACUGCAGAAGGACCGGGCGGCCGUGCGACCUUCCGUCUCACACACCGAGCAAGGUCACGAAUUUGGAGCUGACUCGACUCGAGGCGAUGCGUCGCGGGAGACCGACUACGUGCGCCGUGCUAUCGCAGAAUCGCUGGCAGAUCGAGUGCAGGACAUCAAGCGCGAUUUCCCGACCAUCGUCGAGCUCGGUGCUGGGCCCGGCUUCCUGCGCCACUAUUUGGACCCGCAGGGCUGCGGCACCAAGAAGAUCAUCAUGUGCGACACGAGCGAGGCGCUGCUGAACCGAGAUCGUCAUCUCGACGAGCAAUUCGGGUUCGAAGUGGAACGUCGCGUGUUGGACGAAGAAGUGCUGCCAUUCGAGGAGGGCACGCUGGACUGCGUCGUGGUGAGCGGUGGCUUGCACUGGACCAACGACCUUCCCGGUGUGCUGAUCCAGAUUCGACGCGCCCUCAAACCCGAUGGCGUGUUCAUCGCCGCACUAUGCGGUGGCGACACGCUAUUCGAGUUGCGAACCAGCCUGCAAUUGGCCGAGCAGGAGCGAGAGGGUGGCAUCUCGCCACGCAUCUCGCCCAUGGCCGACACGCGUGAUAUGGCGUCAUUGCUGUCUCGUGCCGGAUUCACAAUCCCCACUGUCGAUGUGGACGAAGUGUCGGUGGGCUACCCGAGCAUGUACGAGCUGAUGCACGAUCUGCGCGACAUGGGCGAGUCGAAUGCGGUCAUCAACCGUCGUGGUCAGCUGCGUCGGGACACGAUGCUGGCCGCUGGUGCCAUCUACCAAGCGAUGCACGGCAACGAGGAGGGCGGCGCUGAGGGCGAAGGAGGAGUGCCAGCAACGUUCCAAUUGAUCUUCCUGAUCGGUUGGAGCCCGGCACCCACCCAGCCCAAGCCACUGAAGAGGGGCAGCGCCAAGACGAAUCUGAAGGAUGUACUCGCCGGGCAGGAAGGCGACAUGCAGCAGCAGGUCGAGGGCGACAUGGAGGAGAAGCAACGCCAGCAAUGGAUGAGGUCGAUGGAGGAGUCUUCGGCCUCGAAGAACAAGAAGUGA